AUAACGAUUAUCAGUAGGCCAUGUUUGAUAAGAGAGUGCUACGGACAUGGGACCAGAGGAUAUUUCACUGAAACACCUUUCCGGAUAUAUUGACGACUCCGUAUGUUAGAAAGGCCAAAAUGGCGUCGAAGAAGAAAACGAAGAAACGUGCUCCGGCUGAGGAACAUGUGGAUUUCAAUUUAUCUGUAAUUGAGCAAUUGGGCGGUGACAAGCAUGACUUUGAACUCCUGAAUGACGUAGACAAUGAAGAUAAUGAAAGUCUGGAAGGGCUGGACAAUGACAUGGAUGUAGAACCCGUCAAGAAAGAUGAGUUGAGAGAAUUCAUAAAAAAACUGGGAAUCAAGGCAUAUCGAAAUGACACCAUAGAUGAAAGUGAAAAGGAAACAAAAACAGAAGAUGAAAAGACAACAAAAGAAAAGAAAGAAGAGAAAAAUAAGAAGAAACAAGAUGGUGUCAGUAGUGUGACACCAACCCCACAGAAAAAGGAGAGAAACAAGUACAAAACACUUGUACAGCACUCGGAAGUUUCCAGUUCCUCAGUUGUUGGCCAGCCUCAGGGACUAACGGGACACAUGAUAAUGUACAAACCCCGCGAGUACCUGCUGAUCAGGCACGGCCAGCAGUGGCAGGACAAAGAGGAUACUUUGCCUGUGCUGGGUAAAGGCGUGCAAGGUUUGGAUCAUGACUUGGAGAAUCAGAUGGAGAAGUUUGCUUCGAAGCUGUUAGCAGACGAAGUUAAAGUUCAUAACAAACAAUGGGAAUCUAAAAAGAAAUCCGAGGCGGGUUGGAUCAAGACGGUGCUGGUAUCUGGAACGUUGUCAGACAAGAUUGCAGCCUUGACCCUGCUGGUACAGGAAUCUCCAAUCCACUGCCUUAACAGUCUCGACAGUCUCAUUGCCAUGGCGAAAAAGAAGGGCAAGCGUGAAUGCAUGAUGGCUGCUGAUACUCUACGGGAGCUGUUUACCGCACACUUGUUACCAGAUAACAGAAAGCUCCGGCAAUUUAACCAGUUUGACCUAGAUGCUAUAGAAACCACAUCGGGUGGGAACAGAGAUACUGUCGACAGGAAGCUGAUCCUCUGCUGGUUUGAGUCUCAACUCAGGAACAAAUACAAAGACUUCAUCAAUGCCCUAGAUAUGAUGUCAAAAGAUACAAUACCAGCUGCCAAACAGAAAGCAACAAGUACAGUGUAUGAAUUGUUGGCGGAUAAACCUGAGCAGGAACAGCUUUUGCUGUCGAUGUUGGUCAAUAAGUUAGGAGACCCAGACUACAAACUGGCCGCCAAGUCUACACAUCUUCUGUCCCGACUCGUUGACAAGCACCCUAACAUGAAGGUAGUGGUUGUCGAGGAGGUGGAACGUUUGUUAUACAGACCCAACAUAUCACAGAGGGCCCAAUAUUAUGCUGUAUGUUUCCUCAAUCAGCUGUUAUUGAGUGAGGAGGAAUCACAACUCGCUGUCAGACUCAUUCGACUCUACUUUUCAUUCUUUAAGGCGUUUGUUAAGAAGGGUGAGGUCGACAGUAAGAUGAUGAGUGCCCUGCUCACAGGUGUCAACAGGGCGUAUCCUUAUGCAAAAGGUGAAGAAAAGUUCAUCAGUGAGCAGAUGGAUACCCUGUAUAAGAUAGUACACAUCGUCAACUUUAACACCAGUCUGCAGGCCCUUAUGUUAUUGUACCAGGUGAUGGACUCCAGUCAAGGUGUCUCUGAUCGGUACUAUGGGGCACUCUACAAGAAAAUGAUUGACCCGACGCUGUGUACAUCAGCCAGACAGGCCAUGUUCCUAAAUCUGCUCUUCAAAAGUAUCAAGAAAGAUGUGGCUCACAGGAGAGUAAAGGCCUUCAUUAAGCGACUACUACAGAUCUGUCCGUUCCAAUCACCCCAGUUCACAUGUGCUGCCCUCGUCUUACUAGGGGAGAUCGUCAAAACUCACCCUCACGCCAUUCUUACUCAACACAAGACAAUGGGUUUUGAUGAUAAUAAUGAGGAUGAUGAUGAAGACGAACACUUUACUGACCUUCCUGCCCCGGAUGAGGAUGUGGUUGUGAUGAAACACGAGGAACCGGAAGAUGUUAAACCAGUGAUACAUUCGUCAUGGAUACACAAAUCUAUCAAUCAAGGGCACUGUCAGUUUUACGACCCCUUUGUGAGGAACCCUCUACAUUGUCGAGCCGAGCAGGAGUGUAUGUGGGAACUGGAGAAACUCGCCACACAUUUCCAUCCAACUGUUUCUCUGUUUGCUCAAACUCUUCUCAAGGGUGAACCAAUCACAUAUGGAGGAGAUCCUCUACGCGACUUUACAACUAUCAGGUUCCUCGAAAGAUUUGUCUACAAAAAUCCCAAACAGCAGCAGAACAUACCAGAAAACUCAGGAAUUUUGUCUAAGACCAAGAGGCGGGAUCCAAUAACUGGUGCCAAGAAGUUGGCCAUUAACAGCAAAAGCUAUUUGGACCAGGAUGAAAGCGAAAUUCCUGUUGAGGAAAAAUUCUUCCACAAGUACUUCACCCAGAAGGAGGCUCUCAGUGGUAUAAAGGUAAAGAAGAUACAAGAUGACAGUGACGAUGAUGGCAGUGUCUGUGAUGACGACUUUGAUGUCUACCUUGAUAAAUACGAGGGGGAACUGGAAGGUAGAGAUGGGAUGACCUUUGACUUCUCGGACGUCGACUUUGCAGCAUCAAUGGGAAAGAAACCAAAGAAAAAACGACAACAAGAAGAGGAAGAUGAAGACGAUGACUUCGAUAAUUUAUCAGAUGAGGAAAUGGACUUCGAUAAUGAUGAUGAUUUCAAGGCAGCUUUUGCAGAUUUUGAUGAGGACGAUGUUGAAGGAUCUGAUGGUGAUGAGGACGAUAUUGAAGGAUCUGAUGGUGAUGAGGACGAUGUUGAAGUAUCUGAUGGAGAGGAAGAUGACAUGGGUGAUGAUGAUGAGGAUGAAGAUAAUGAGGAGGAGGAGGAUUAUGAUGAGGAAGGGUUCAAUGAGGAAGACAUUGAGUUUUCUGGAGAUGAUGAGUUUGCUGAACCUCAGCCAAUGUCAAAGAAGAGACGUGGAAGUGAACUGUUAAUGGCGACCUCAUCAAAAAGAUCCAAAGGCUCCAAAGGGUUAUCCAGUAUAUUUGCCUCAGCAGAUGAUUUUUCACAUCUUCUUGAUGAGACAGCUGCCUCCAAGCUGGAUAUGACUACAUCAAAUGCUGUGUCUAACAAGGAAAAUGCUUCUGAGAAGCAGUUGAAGUGGGAAAUGGAGCGAGAGAAGAAGAUGUCGGGUAGAGAAGACUGGAGGAAGUUAAAAAACAGGUCAAAGAAACCCUUUAAACAGUCCACUCAAAAGUUUAAAGCGAAAUCUAAAGGGACCCAGCGGUUCAGCAGUAAAAAGGGGACGGCUGGCCGCAAGAGAUGAUGACAAGAGGUUGUUUACGAUGACCAUUGUGAUGAUUGUAGCCACUGCUUUCUGCAAUGUUCUACUGUGUCUUGUGGGUCAAAAGUGCAAUAUGUGAGUCCGUGAGAGACUGGCAGAAACUCAUGCAGACAAAUGAGGUACUUGUACAGACUUGUGCAGGUCAAUAAAAUGUCAAUGAUUCAUGCAGGACAAUAAAAGACAGGUGGAGUCUCCACCAAGUCAAUCGGAACCUUAUAAUGACUUGUCUCGAGUCACAGAGCAACUGAACUGGAAUCAGCAGUUUUUGAAAUACAAGCAAAAAGUCAGGAUUCAAUUAAAGAUUACUUUUGGACAAAGCAUCAUACCAGGGUAGUACGGAGUAGUGUGGAGAAACAGAUCCGUUCUGUUAUCUGGGCUAAAUCUGGUUAACAUAUAGAUGUACUUACAUCAUAUGUGGACAAAAUACUUAUUCUGCAAGAGUGGUGAAAACCUUGUAAAAAUGUAGGAGAUAAUAAAAUUGUAUAUAAUAUU